CUGGGCAUGGCUGAGAGAGAUGCUUUCCCCUCAGCCAAUGGGAAGAGGAGGAUGCAGGUAGGGAUGCUGGAGCUGUCUAUCAGGCCUGAGCCCGCCCCCUGCACACAAAAGCAGCUUCCUUCACUAUCUGAGGGCAGACAGAGCCUCAGCCACCAGAAAGGGAAAAGCCAGAGCCGCAGCAGGCCUGGACCGCGAUGGCGGGGUACACGGAGACUAAAGGGGGACAGGGGUGCUGCUACUAACCCACGGCGCCGCCUUCUACAGCUGGGCCUCACAGGUGUGCGUGGCCACGUCGCCCUGGGUGACCUUCUUCGGAUGUGGACUUGACCCUGAGCAUCCUUCCGCCAGGCCCCUCGCCUGGGUACCACCAAGAAAUGCCCGCCUUUGUGUCCGAGUGACAGCGCACGGGCAGCCGUCGCCACCGAGAUCAUCUUCUGGGUCACCCAAGCCUCCAGCCGGCUUUCUUUCCAGCUCUCAUGGGGACCACAGAAGCUACAUUACGGAUGGAAAAUGUGGACGUGAGGGAUGAAUGGCAGGAUGAGGAUCUGCCCAGACCGCUCCCAGAAGACACCGGGGAGGAUCACCUGGGCGGCACGGUGGAAGACUCCUCCUCUCCUCCCUCUACCCUAAACCUGAGCGGAGCACAUCGGAAGAGAAAGACGCUGGUGGCCCCAGAGAUCAACAUCUCUCUGGACCAAAGCGAGGGCUCUCUGCUGUCUGAUGACUUCCUCGACACCCCUGAUGACCUGGACAUCAAUGUGGACGACAUUGAGACGCCAGAUGAAACUGACUCUCUGGAGUUCUUGGGAAAUGGCAAUGAGCUUGAGUGGGAAGAUGACACCCCAGUGGCCACUGCUAAAAACAUGCCUGGUGACAGCGCAGACCUGUUUGGGGAUGGCUCUGGGGAAGACGGCAGUGCAGCCAAUGGCCGUCUGUGGCGGACUGUCAUCAUCGGGGAGCAGGAGCAUCGCAUUGACCUGCAUAUGAUCCGGCCCUACAUGAAGGUGGUGACCCACGGAGGAUACUAUGGAGAAGGUCUCAACGCCAUCAUCGUCUUUGCGGCCUGCUUCCUGCCAGAUAGCAGCUCUCCAGACUACCACUACAUCAUGGAGAAUCUCUUCCUGUACGUCAUCAGCAGCCUAGAGCUGCUAGUGGCUGAGGACUACAUGAUCGUGUACCUGAAUGGUGCCACACCCCGGAGGAGGAUGCCGGGCAUUGGCUGGCUGAAGAAGUGUUAUCACAUGAUUGACAGGAGACUGAGGAAGAAUCUAAAGUCCCUGAUCAUCGUCCACCCCUCCUGGUUCAUUCGCACCGUGCUGGCCAUCUCCCGGCCCUUCAUCAGUGUCAAGUUCAUCAGUAAAAUCCAGUAUGUGCACAGCCUCGAGGAGUUGGAGCAGCUCAUCCCCAUGGAGCACGUGCAGCUGCCAGACUGUGUCCUGCAAUAUGAAGAACAGAGACUCCGAGCCAAGAGGGAGAGCGCUCGGCCACCGCAGCCCGAGUUCCUCCUGCCCAGGUCUGAAGAAAAACCAGAGACUGUGGAAGAAGAGGACAGGGCAGCAGAGGUGACAGAGGACCAGGAAACGAGCAUGUCCUGAUUUACCAGAACCUAGAGAUGGACAGAGAUUUUUCCAGACAUCAUGUAACCCUCAUCAGAAGCCCUGGGAACCCCGACUUCAUCGUGCCUCUGCGGCCUGAGGACUCCUGGCUCCAUCAUGUCCCCCUGCACCCAGGGUCCUCUGGCUGCUUGAAUACAUUUCACUGUUUUCUUUUGAAGAAGGUGGUACAAGCACAUCUUGGAAUGGACCAGGUUCUUGACCCUUUCACAUUCUGAGCUUGUGGAUGUCAAAGCUGGACCUGGGCAGUGACACCCGUGGUUCCUCCUCCAGGCCUCAGCAUCCCCAAGAUGCCCUUCUCCGUCCCAGCUAGGAUAACACAGAUGUGUAUUUUGGGCUGACCCAAUGAGGACUUGGUUGCCACGUGUCGUGUCCCUAGCUGGAGCCUCAGGUGCCUGGUGGCCCCGGCUGAGGCUGCAUCUGCUUCUCUGUGGAAUGUGACGACCCCUCUUCCUGUCACCCCAAGCAGGGCUAUGGCCGUGGACCUUACAUCUUCACCUGACAUCCCUGUUCUGCCACUUGAUUGUCUUUGGGGGCCUUCAAGCCUGUUGCACAUAUAUUGAUCAGCCUGGUGGCCGCCAAACUGCACCCCAACAUUUCCGAGCUCCUUAAAGUAGAUGUGACCCCA